UUGUUUUAUUUCCAUUUUUACUGCAACUGCUGGAGUUCUACUUAAAGUUAGUUCUUCUGAUACGCUGUGCAAAUUCUUAUGAAGUGGCAGUGUUUUUUUUUUAACAAGUGGAAAAGCGUCCAGAAGCGUCUGCCGUAAUACAAGCGCUCCUAAUUCCGAUGUGUGCAAGUUACCCUUUGCUCGGAAGCUCUUAAGCGAUAAUCGGCAUCAUGGAUGACGAUGGAGACGACAAAGAUGACACAAAAAGGAGGACUCGUAAUCUCAGUGAAAAAAAGAGAAGGGAUCAAUUCAACAUGCUGGUCAAGGAGCUCAGCUCAAUGGUCUCUACUAAUAAUAGAAAAAUGGACAAGUCCACUGUGCUCAAGUCUACAAUAUCCUUUCUCAAAAAUCAUAAUGAAAUUACAGUCAGAUCUAGAGCUCAUGAUGUGCAAGAAGACUGGAAACCAGCAUUUCUGUCCAAUGAGGAAUUUACAUAUUUAGUCCUAGAAGCAUUGGAAGGCUUUGUUAUGGUUUUUUCAGUCAAUGGACGAAUAUACUAUGUAUCGGAGGGAAUUACUUCACUUCUUGGUCAUAAUCCGGCUGAUAUAGUAAAUAAAAGUAUAUUUGACCUAGCGUCCGAGGAAGACCAGCCAAGUCUUUACAGCCUUUUACAGAACCCGAGAACAGCAGCGGAUCCCAUGCAAGCAAUAGCAAAAGAGAACGAGAUACGUUUCCAAUGCCGCCUUAGACGGGGUACUCUGGACUUCAGAGACGAUACGACGUUUGAACUCGUUCAGUUCAAUGGACAUUUAAGAAUGAACAUGGAACAAGCCGACAACAGCGACAUAUCUGGGUAUCCGCAGAAUCCUGAGUCAAGACUAUUACUUGUGUGUACGGGUCGCUUGUACACACCUCAGCUGAUUCGCGAUGUGUCCCUGGUGGAUUCAAACCGCAACGAGUUCACUUCGCGUCACAGUCUCGAGUGGAAAUUUUUAUUCCUUGAUCAUCGAGCUCCGCCUAUAAUUGGAUAUUUGCCCUUUGAAGUUCUGGGUACAUCUGGUUACGAUUAUUACCAUUUCGACGACCUCGAGAAAGUCGUGACUUGUCAUGAAGCAUUAAUGCAGAAAGGCGAAUUGACUUCUUGUUAUUAUCGCUUUCUCACCAAAGGGCAGCAGUGGAUCUGGCUUCAGACUCGGUUUUUUAUUACAUAUCACCAAUGGAAUUCCAAACCGGAGUUUGUAGUGUGCACACAUCGUGUUGUAAGUUACGCAGACAUAUCGAAUAGUACGAAGCAGGAGAGCAAUGAGGCAGAAACCGUGACCCAGCCUAAAGCAUCGCAGCAGGUGGGCAGCAUUAGCAUGGCCGGAGGAUCAGUAAAGGAAGCGCCGCCCGAAGACACCAUAGUCGCCUUGUCGCCAUCCUACAUGUCAGAGGCUAGUGAUGCUUUUGGCAAUACUUAUCAGCCUUCAUCUCAGCCGUCUUCGGUGAAGUCUGUAUCGAUGAGCAGCACCGCUGGUACAGUAGCCACGACGAGCACUACCGCCACUGUGGCCGUCUCGUGGACGCGAGGCUCGCAAGUGCGUUAUACCGGCUCCGAUACUGCCUCCCUCUCCGGUGAUUCGCUCUCCUCGCGUCGAAAUAGUACACAAGAGAUGCAUAAGGCUUCUGAGCAAACGCUAGUGCCGCAGCACGGUAUCGGCGCGCAGUACCUAGAGCCGGCGCCGUAUGUGAGCGCAGUGGGGAUGCCCGUUGUGCCGCCGAUGUCGCUACCGCCCCUUCCUGUCAUUGUCUGCCCUGAUCAAGCGCAAUUACAGGAGCAGUUGCAACGCAAGCACGAGCAGUUACAACAGAUGAUCGUGCGCCAGCAGGAGGAACUGCGCCAGGUCAAGGAACAGCUGCUCCUUGCACGUCUUGGCAUGUUGCAGCCGCUCAUUAAUGCGCAAAAUCCGUUCGUGAGUCCCGAAGAGAUGCAACAAAACCAACGUAUGCCAGCACAAAUAUAUGACGGAACUGCUCAGCGCGCUGGCAUCGUCAGUUACCCGCCACAGCACCAGCCGCCGCACAGCUCGAACCAUCAUCAACACAUGCCUCAAUAAGUCUACGAUUAAUAAUGUAAAUUGCUGCUAGAAGAAACGUCGGCAGCAUGCAACGCGAAAUUGUACGUAUUAAUAAGAAAUUACGAAUCAUUUUUGUCGGGUGACUCACGGACUUUGUUAUUUAUCAUCAGUGCAUUGUUUUGUUGCUUCAAUUUACAUUAAUAACAUAUACGUGCAAUGCCUACAAUUUAUGUGCAAUACGCGAAGAUAGCUGGCGAUAGUAAAAUAGUAUUGCCUACUUAUAUCACUUUUGUAUGGUGAGAAGUAGCAAUGCUUCGCAAAUAGUAUUUUUAAAUGUUAUAUUUGUCUUUAAACUUCAUUUACAUGAUAAAAUUCAACUAUAAUAUAUAUGGAAUGUGUCAAAAAGCUCUCAUUAAAAUAUUAUGGAACACAAUUAAAUUCUGAUGAUUUGUGUGAAGCAAAAAUCAAUUGAAAGAAGAUUUGUGACAAACUUUCCAAGUAAUUAAAAUACCUAUGUAUUUGGGGUAAUUUUUAUUGGCGUCGUAAAUUUCCUGAAACACUUUCUAUAUUAAUAUAGAAAUAAUAAUAGCAUGAAAAAUAUAGGACUUGUCAUUACAGGUGAUUUUGUUUAACUAAGCUACUAAGCUAUUAGGGUUUUCAAAGAAGAUGUUUGGAUUGAGGCAUCCAAAU